CUCCCCUUCACAUAUAUGGUUAUGCUAGUGGAAAUCAGCAGCAUGAACAGAAGAACCGGGGCAACUCGAUAGGUACUAUGAUAUGGUCUUCCUAAGUAAUCCUGGCUUUUUUCUGCUUGCUUUUGGUAUCAGUAACCAUGAUUUACUGAAUCGGACCCACACGUGACUCACCACCGGUACCGGCGAUUUUAGGAGAACUGCCACAGUCUUUUCAACCACUACACCAUGGUUAAAUCAGUAAAUGUGGCCAUUAUUGGCUCAGGAGUCGUUGGUUCUGCUUUCAUCAACCAAUUGAAGAACUUGAAGUCUUCCAUCAACUUCAACGUUGUCUAUCUUGCCAGAUCUUCCAAGGAAGCUAUCUUUUCCAAUGACUACAAGCCUGUCGACUUAUCAAACUACAAGACCAGCCCAGCCCAAGCUGUCUUGCCUUUAGGAGACUUGAUCAAGUUCUUGACUGGUGCCUCUAGACCAACCAUCUUGAUUGACAACACUUCCAACGGUGACAUUGCAGCCUACUACCCAACCUUCAUCAAGCAAGGCAUUUCCAUUGCUACCCCAAACAAGAAGGCAUUCUCUUCAGAUUUGAAGACCUGGAAUGAAAUAUUCGAAAGCUCCGAAGCGCCAAACGGUGGUUUGGUGUACCACGAGGCCACUGUUGGUGCCGGUUUGCCAAUCAUUGGACCAUUGGCUGAUUUGGUUAGCACCGGUGACAAGGUCGAAAAAAUCGAAGGUAUUUUCUCUGGUACCUUGUCUUACAUCUUUAACGAAUUCUCUACCACUGAUGCUGGCUCUAACACCAAGUUUUCCGAUGUCGUCAAGGUGGCUAAGGAAUUAGGUUACACCGAACCAGAUCCAAGGGACGACUUGAACGGGUUGGACGUUGCUAGAAAGGUCACCAUUUUGGCCAGAAUUGCUGGGUUUGAAGUCGAGUCUCCAACCUCGUUCCCAGUCGAGUCAUUGAUUCCAAAGGCCUUGGAAAGUGUGGAAUCUGCUGACGAAUUUUUGUCCAAGUUGCCAGAUUACGAUGCUGACAUCCAAAAGAUCAAAGAGGAAGCUUUGGCUGAGAACAAGGUGUUAAGAUUCGUCGGACAAGUCGACUUCAAGAACAACAAGGUCAGUGUUGAGAUUGGUAAGUACGGCUUUGACCAUCCUUUUGCUUCUUUGAAGGGAAGUGACAACGUUGUGUCUAUCAAGUCCGAAAGAUAUCCUAAUCCUUUGGUUAUCCAAGGUGCUGGUGCUGGUGCUGAAGUCACUGCUCACGGUGUCUUGGCUGAUGCCCUCAAGAUUGCUCAAAGAAUUGCCAACUAGGGCCUGUUUUACAUAUUUGAUCAGUUUUUUCGUAAUGUACCAGUCAAUACAUGAAGAUGAACCAGGAAUAGAACCGUGUCGAUUGCGGUAAUAUCCUCGUAGAUUAACUUGCGGAAAGUAAGCCCAAUGAUUUGGACAGUAGUGAGUAAUUGAUUAAUAAA